CUUCCUUCUUCCUUUCUCCAAUGGCUUUCUCCUCCUCCCCUCUUCCAAUACUCUUAGCCAUCACCAUUUUCUUGGCCUUACAAAUCACUCAAACCGCACAAGCAUUUGGAAGUGAGACUCGCCUUCAUUUCUAUUAUCGAGAAAGGACGCUACCGCCGAAUGCCACUGCCAUCAAAGUCGUGUCGAGCCCCCUCAACCAAACCGACCCGACCUAUACUUUCGGCAACAUUUUUGUCUUUGAUGACCCUAUCACGCCAGACCUCAACACCACAUCUCGUAUCCUCGGACGUGUGCAAGGCACGCUCGUAAUCGCAUCGCUUGAUGGUUUUGAUGGGCUAUACACGUUCAACGUGGUGUUCACCAAUUUUGAUCCAUGGACAGGUAGCUAUCUGACGGUGGUUGGGAGGAACCCAACCCAGAAGGCAGUGAAGGAGUUACCGGUGUUCGGAGGAACCGGACUCUUCAGCAAUGCCCACGGGACCGCCGUGGUGACGCGCCUAAACACCACUGAUCCAUCUAGCGGUAUAAUCAUUUUUGAGGUGGAUGUGAUCAUUUCGAACAAGUAAACCCUAGACGUCAAAGUUGACUCUGAGGUCAAUGGCUUUACUUGAAUAA